GCGACCCCCGUGUUCACUCAGGCCGUUCUCGAAUACGGCACUAACCUCAAGGCAAAUGGCAAGGAAGAAAGCAUUGCCCAGUAUGGCCUUCUCGCCGGUAUCCUCGAAAGCAGCAACGCCCUGAAGAACCCUUCCGAAACCCACGAGAAGGACAUCCGUCUCUUCUUCAACACGACUGCUCCCUCCAGCGUCUUCAUAUGCGGUAGUCAGGGGUCUGGCAAGAGCCAUUCCCUGAGCUGUCUUCUCGAAAACUUCCUCACCCAGUCAAAGGCCAACGUGCUGCCUCGUCCGCUGACAGGCAUCGUCUUCCACUACGAUCCGUUCGGUGGCUCGCCUUGCGAGGCGGCCUAUCUGUCGUCGGCCAAGGACAUCUCUGCAAUAUACUCUCACUUGCCGCAAGUUGUGGUGGAGGAGCUCCGUAUCAACCAGUCGGACCUCGACACGCGCAAGAUGAUGGAGCUCAUGGCCGUCAGCUCCGUGCAGGGCAGCAUCCCGCUGUAUCUCCACGUCGUCCAGCGCAUUCUCAAGGACCUGCGCAUUGAGGAGCAGUUGAACGGCACAACGUUCAACUACAGAGAGUUCAAGAGUCGCCUGACGAUUGACGCAGCUCUGGCCCCUGGUCAACUCGGCCCUCUUCAGCAGCGUCUCGACAACCUCGAGAGCUUCAUGGUACGGGAGCAACCUUCACACACACACACUCUUGAUCAAUACAACAGGCUAACAAGAUAUAUAUUGCAGCCUGGCCAACUCACCAUUGUGGACCUCUCGUGUCCCUGCGUCACCGAAGAGACGGCCUGCUCGCUCUUCAACAUCUGUCUCGACCUCUUCCUGCAACACCGAGCAGACGCCGGCCUUGUCAUUGCCCUCGACGAGGCCCACAAGUACAUGACGGACACUGUCGAGAGCGCCGUCCUCACGGCAAAGCUCUUUGAGAACAUUCGCGUCCAGCGCCACUUGGGCAUUCGAGUCAUCAUCUCGACGCAAGAGCCGACAAUCUCGCCAAAGCUGCUCGACCUGUGCUCGACCACAAUCGUCCACCGCUUCACUUCGCCGGACUGGAUGCAGGCUUUGAAGAAGCAUCUAGCCGGCGCCUCCAUCCUCACAACAGAGCUCUUCACCAAGAUUGUCGCUCUGCGACGUGGCGAGGCUCUGCUUUUCUGCCCCUCGGCCAUCAUUGACGUGCGUCGAAGCGUGACCAAACACCCGCAGCUCGUCAAGUUGUCUCAUGGACACCUAAAGAUUCGGGUGCGUGAGAGGGUCACGCGUGAUGGUGGACGCAGUGUUGUAGCU